AUGGUUUUCUCAGACCCCCAAAUUAUCGUGGUGGCCCCUGGGGCAGAACCCGCGUCACGCACUGAGGACGGGGGAACUGCUAUCCGGAUAUUCUGGGUGGGUCCCCAAAUCGCGCUGCUUAGACACACUCCAGUGAGCUCUGGCUUACAGAUACCAAUGGGGAUCCCAAUGGGGAAGUCGAUGUUGGUGCUUCUCAUCUCUUUGGCUUUUGCCUUGUGCUGCAUCGCUGCUUACCGCCCCAGCGAGACCCUGUGCGGUGGGGAGCUUGUUGACACGCUUCAGUUUGUCUGUUCGGACCGCGGCUUUUACUUCACGCCUCCUCUUAAGGACGACUUCCCCAGAUUCCCCGUGGGCAAGUUUUUCCAAUACGACACCUGGAGAAAAUCCUUCCAACGCCUGCGCAGAGGCCUGCCUGCCCUCCUGCGUGCCCGUCGGGGUCGAAUGCUCGCCAGAGAGCUCGAAGCGUUCAGAGAGGCCAAGCGUCACCGUCCCCUGAUCGCCUUACCACCCAUCGAUCCCGCCCACUGGGGAGCCUCUUCGGAGAUGUCCAGAAAUUAUCAGUGA